AUGUCUUCGCACGAAGCUUCGGACGAUACACCCCCUGCGGUGCCUCCGCGGAGUUCGCAGCGUGACUCGAUCUCAAAUUCGACCUCAAACCGCGAUUCUCUCUAUCGCGCGUCACCGCAAAUCUCGCCCGUCCAGCCAUUGCAUCCUGCCAUCGCCGAAAGCUCCUCAAAGGCUCCAGUGCCGCCCCAGGUACCCGACAAGACGGCGCAACCGCAACCGGCCCCCACGACCCAGCCAACGCAGGCGCAACAAGUGCAAAAUCUCUUCCCCACGGCGGCGCAAACCGAGACAAUCAAGACAAAACGCGAGGAACUGGAAGAGGGCGACGCGCAUUGGAAAUGGAAGAUCGGCUUCCGCACAAUAAGCAUCAUUGUGGGGCUUAUCGGCAUCGGAUGCGCGGCAUGGUUCACGGCCCACUUUGUCACUGGCUACUCGAACGCCUACUCAUAUUCGUACUACUACUUCGAUGAUAUAGACCUUCUUCCCUGGACCCUCAUUACGUUCGCUCUUUCUGUCGUCUGGAGCGUAGCCUGCGUUAUCGUCUUCUUCGCGCGUCAUCUGAAUGCUCCGAUGCACCCCGGAGCCCAAGUCGGCUGCGAUCUCAUUCUCUGGAUAGGCCUCGCUGUCACGGGCACGUUCGCCGUCUUCGGCACCAUGGAUGUCGGCAGCUUCGGCACCUCUGGCACACUCGACUAUUAUUCUUCGUCCUCGGGCGAUUACACACAGGCUAGCAAUGGCACAUGGGUCUGGACCACCUCUCCGUCCUCUUCGUCAUACUACAGCAGCUCAACUCGAAGCUGCGAAAGCGGAAGCGGAACGUUUUCGACUUGCGCGCAGCAAGAUGCCUAUGUCAAUGCGCUUUGGCACGCCAAGACCCAGCGGUACAAUAUCGAUCUGACGGUGACUGUCUGCCAGUUCAUCGCGCUCGUAAUGCACUUCAUCCUCUUCGUCUGGGCUUGUAUCGACACGCACCGCAGAAACAGCCGUAGCGUGUCCAAGGAUGCCGAGAAGUUGGCCGCCGAGAUCGUCAUGAACAUGGUGAAGAGUGGUGCGGUUAUCCCUGCCCCGGGCCAGGCACAUUUCCCACCCAUGGCACAGCAGGGCGCUCCGAUGGGGCUCCAAUACCCGCAGCAACAGUACCAACCAUACCCACAGCAAUAUCCGGGACAAUACACCACGCCCGUAUCGCAAGGAAACGCUCCCAUACCGCAACCCGCAGUGGCUUCAAGUAGUAAUGAGAAAGGUGCGGGCCCACGGUAUGCAUAA